AUGGAUCUUCACCUUCUGUCCUUCCCCAACAAGGUGCUGCGAGAGUUCAAAUGCGCGCUGCCGUUCCUCCUCUUCCUCCUCCUCCUGCUCUCUUCCUACGUCGUGCUCAACUGCCCGAGCCCCUUCGAGCUGUACCCGUCGUCACUUCUUCAUCGCAGCCUCGUCCCCCCGGGCGACGCCGAGCGGGUCACGGCCGGAGGAGAGUGCGAUUACUGGAGAGGGAGGUGGAUCAGGGACGAGGGCAACGCCUUCAGGCACUAUGACGAGAGUUGCCCGUUCCUCGACCCAGGGUUCCGGUGCCACAAGAACGGGCGGGAAGAUGAUGAUUAUCUCAAGUGGCGCUGGCAACCUUAUCGCUGCGAUCUUCCCAGAUUUAAUGCAAGCAAGCUCUUAGAAAGUAGCCGAAACAGAAGAAUAGUGUUUGCCGGCGACUCCUUGGGAAGAAAUCAAUGGGAGUCCUUGGUGUGCAUGCUUUGGCAAGCAGUCUCCAACCGAUCCGCCGUAUACGAAGCCAACGGGAACCCCAUAAGAAAACACAAGGGCUACCUCUCAAUCCUAUUCCACGAGUACAACCUCACCAUCGAGUAUUACCGGGUGCCGUUCCUGGUCACGACGGCCAGAGUCCCCCCGAACUCCCCGGCCCGAGUCCGGGGCACCAUCCGGGUUGACGAGUUGCACUGGUUCUCGAGGAUGUGGGUCGGCGCGAAUGUGAUCAUGUUCAAUGCCGGGCAUUGGUGGAACCAAGAGAAAACGUCAAAGAUGGGAUUCUACUUCGAGGAAAAGGGAGCGGUCAAUACGACUAUGGAUUCGACUACAGCAUUCAGGAGGUCUCUUCAGACAUGGAAGCUCUGGGCAGAGCGGGAUUUGGACCUUCAGACAAGUCAUGUGUUCUUCCGAAGCUACUCCCCAGUGCAUUACAGUCGUGGCUCGUGGGAUAAAGGAGGGCAAUGUAACAUCAGCAAAGACCCGCAAUUCGACUCCACAGGGCCGCGUUCGGUGCCCUUGUACAACCCGCUCAUCUACGAGGCGAUCAGAGAAAUGGGGGAGGGAAACGACAGCAAGGUCCACUUCCUGAACAUUACGCACAUGACCGAGUUCCGGAACGAUGGCCACCCGUCGAGCCACCGGGAGCCCGGCACUCCACCCACUGCUCCCCAGGACUGCAGCCACUGGUGCCUGCCGGGCGUGCCGGACACCUGGAACGAGCUUCUCUAUGCUCAGCUUGUGUCCAGAAGCUAUGUGCACGAGUGA